UACCGAGCACCGUUACAGUGCGCCUGUACAGCAGCAAGGAUCCUUACAUCGCCCUGCAGCGGUUAACAAAGGGAACCAAUGAUUUGGGUUUGAAUCCGCGCACCGUGGGUAUUGUGCUGAUUGUUCUUGGGUGCCUAUUCUUGCUGCUGGAAAUUGGUGUCUGCACAGCGCUAAUUUGCUACUGGAUGCGAAGGAAGAAGACUUCAUCAGGCGCCCCGCCCUAUUUGGCUCCUGCAUCUUAUGGAAUAUCAACUUCGGGUGCAUCCGGUAACGCCGCACCGAAUUUUUAUGCACAGCCAGCACAGCAAACGGGACAGGGAUACACAUAUGGUCAAGCGGUACCACCAGGGUAUACAUAUGGCCAGCCACCACAGGGACAGCCGAUACCGCCAGGGUACACGUAUGGCCAGCCACCACAGGGAUACGCAUAUGGUCAACCGGUAUCACCACAGGGUCAGCACGGCUAUACGUAUGGACAAGCACCGCCGCCAUUAUACGCAUACGGCCAACCAGUCUCACCACAGGCUCAGCGUGGACAAGUACCGCCGCCAUUGUAG